AGAGGGGAAUGAGUCAGUGGUCUGGCAGAGAGCCAGGUCCUGGUCACGUGCAUUCCACAUGAUAUCGACUUGCGUUCCAUUACCUCUAUAGACACAAAGGAAUUCUCCGGUUGGAACGUUAUUGAAUAUUUAUGAUAACAUCCUAAAGAUUGAUUCUAUACUUAGGUUGAAAUGUUUCUACGACCUGUAAUAUAACUUUUUUAAGUUUUCGUCCGACGUUCGCCUGGACCUGCACGAGCGUUUGGAUAUGUAUGCUAAAGGUGCUAACAAAAGUAGCUACUUGGACAUAAAUAAUGGACAUUAUCGAACAAAACAACGAUUUAUUGUGGAACUAGGAUUCCUGGGAAUGCAUUCUGAUGAAGAUCAUCAAAGGUAAGGGAAUAUUUAUAAUGUAAUUUCGUAUUUCUGUUGACUCCAACAUGGCGGAGAAAUUUUGUUUCUAUCUGUGCGCCGUCUCAGAUUAUUGCAUGGUUUGCUUUUUCCAUAAAGUUUUUUUGAAAUUUGACACAACGGUUGCAUUAAGAACAAGUGUAUCUUUAAUUCUAUGUAAAACAUGUAUCUUUCAUCAAAGUUUAUGAUGAGUAUUUCUGUUAUUUGAUGUGGCUCUCUGCAAUUUCUCCAGAUAUUUUGGAGGCAUUUCUGAACAUGGUGCCAAUGUAAACUGAGAUUUUUGGAUAUAAAUAUGCACAUUAUCGAACAAAACAUACAUGUAUUGUGUAACAGGAUGUCCUAUGAGUGUCAUCUGAUGAAUAUCAGCAAAGGUUAGUGAUUAAUUUUAUCUCUUUCUGCUUUUUGUGACUCCUAUCUUUGGCUGGGAAAAUGGCUGUGUGUUUUUUGGACUUGGCGGUGAUCUAUCAUAAUCAUAUGUUGGGUUUUUGCUGUAAAGCAUUUUUUUUUUUAAAUCGGACACGAUGGGUAGAUUUAAAAUAUUUUUAUCUUUCAUUUGCUGUAUUGGACUUGUUAAUGUGUGAAAGUUACAUAUUUCUAAAAAAUAUUUUUGAAUUUCCCGCGCUGCCUUUUCAGCGGAAUGUUGUCGAGGGGUUCCGCUAGCGAAACGUGUGUCCUAGAAAGGUUAAACAAUGUGUACACUGCCAUUUUGCACUGAGCCUUGCUGUUGGAAAACCACAUCAGUAGCUAGGUUUCAAUCCAAUUGGCUACAGAUUUUCAUGCAAAUAUUAUAACAUCCGCAUAAAGAAAAUAUGCCAAUUUUCCCAUCAGUGGUGUGUUGCCACCAAACUGACUUGUGGAUUAAAAUCAGUGUGAGGUAGUGCACAAAAAAUGUACUUUUUUGCUUACGUUUUCAUGUACUUAAUAAAAAUCGAAAGUUCAAUGUGUUUCUAUUUGCAUUUUCAUUUUCUAGUUGCAUUUUCAACUACUAAUAUUUUUGUAACAAAAACUGUUGUAUUAAAUAGAAAAUGUUCCUACUCUGGUCUUGACACAUGCACUCUAGCCAACAGCUCACAGUUACAGUGAGGGUAGUUUACAUACACUAAGUUGACUGUGCCUUUAAACAGCUUGGAAAAUUCCAGAAAAUGAUGUCAUGGCUUUAGUUGCUUCUGAUAAAUAAUGUCAAUUAGCCUGAGUCAAUUGGAGGUGUACAUGUGGAUGUAUUUCAAGGCCUACCUUCAAACUCAGUGCCUCUUUGCUUGACAUCAUGGGAAAAUCAAAAUAAAUCAGCCAAUACCUCAGAAAAAAUGUUAUAGACCUCCACAAGUCUGUUUCAUACUUGGGAGCAAUUUCCAAAUGCCUGAAGGUACCACGUUCAUUUGUACAAACAAUAGUACGCAAGUAUAAACACCAUUGGACCACACAGCCGUCAUACCGCUCAGGAAGGAGACGCGUUCUGUCUUCUGGAAAUGAACGUACUUUGGUGCGAAAAGUGGAAAUCAAUCCCAGAACAACAGCAAAGGAUCUUGUGAAGAUGCUGGAGGAAACAGGUACAAAAUUAUCUUUAUCCACAGUAAAACGAGUCCUAAUUUUACAUAACCUGAAAGGCCGCUCAGCAAGGAAGAAGCCACUGCUCCAAAACCUCCAUAAAAAGCCAGACUACGGUUUGCAACUGCACAUGGGGACAAAGAUCGUACUUUUUAGAGAAAUGUCCUCUGGUCUGAUGAAACAAAAAUAGAACUGUUUGGCCAUAAUGACCAUCGUUAUGUUUGGAGGAAAAAGGGGGAGGCUUGCAAGCCGAAGACACCAUCCCAACCGUGAAGCACGGGGAUGGCAGCAUCAUGUUGUUGGGGUGCUUUGCUGCAGGAGGGACUGGUGCACUUCACAAAAUAGAUGGCAUCAUGAUGCAGGAAAAUGAUGUGGAUAUAUUGAAGCAACAUCUCAAGACAUCAGUUAGGAUGUUAAAGCUUGGUCGCAAAUGGGUCUUCCAAAUGGACAAUGACCCCAAGCAUACUUCCAAAAUUGUGGCAAAAUGGCUUAAGGACGACAAAGUCAAGGUAUUGGAGUGGCCAUCACAAAGCCCUGACCUCAAUCCCAUAGAAAAUGUGUGGGCAGAACUGAAAAAGUGUGUGCGAGCAAGGAGGCCUACAAACCUGACUCAGUUUCACCAGCUCUGUCAGGAGGAAUGGGCCAAAAUUCACCCAACUUAUUGUGGGAAGCUUGUGGAAGGCUUCCCGAAACGUUUGACCCAAGUUAAACAUUUUAAAGACAAUGCUACCAAAUCAAAGAAUAUUUGUCACGUGCGCCGAAUACAACAGGUGUAGACCUUACAGUGAAAUGCUUACUUACAGGCUAUAACAAAUAGUGCAAAAAAGGUAUUAGGUGAACAAUAUGUUAACAAUAUAAUACAAAAGGAGGCUAAUUCGUAAAUUUUCGAUCCAAAUAUUUUUAUAAAGAUAAGCAUUAUAUUGUUAGAUUAUAGGAGUAACUCUGGUAGGCCUGAAACAGACUUUCUCACCUCAAGUUCAACUGUCUGAGUCAGUUGGAGAGCCGGGUCGGGAGAGCUGCCUUCAUAUCAUAGUCCUGCAGUAGCUAAAGUUUAAUAAUAACCACACCAAACCUUCACAAACAUCCCUAAACUUUAUUAGGAUAAUAUAAAAAGUCAAGCCAUUGUUUAUAGGGAAAAUAUGAACAGAAGAUUGAAUGUAAACCAGGGAGAAAAAAAACACACAACCCUCCCCCCAGUAGAUUUCGACCUGUCCCUAUAGUGUCCGACUUUCGAUUGUUGCAGAUGCACCUUGCUGACUUCACUCCUUACCUUUUGUAUACAGUUGGUUGCUUUUGCCUCACCACUUAAACGAGCCCUCUGUUAUUAGUUACUGAGUUUUCCCAGUGAGGUCACUUUAAGGUCAGAAAAAACUCCCUUCCCUACUUAUAGCACAUGCAUUGCAGCAAAAUCGGUGAACUAAUUUAUAUAAAAUCACCCAUCAAUCUUAGUACAAUUUUCAAAUAAGACACACUUCCUCUCAUAGAUGGGGGCUGAAUGGUCAUUCAUGGUGUGAUGUCGUAGUUGUACAGGCCAGAUGUUCAUGCUCAUUUCCCCCCCCCAUGUGUUUAGUUCUCACGGCAAGCUGAGUCUCUGGCACCCUGCCUGUCUGGAGGAAUGUAAUUUCAGUUACUCAAUGUUUACUUAAAUUGUAUUGUUUGUCACUUCCUGUUUUAGUGAAUGUAAUGUUUAUUACAGAACAUUGUAUUUAAAGUGUGGACAGAGAUUGUGAUAUAGACUGAGUAUACCAAAGAUUAGGAACCCCCCUUUGCCAUCAGAACAGCCUCAAUUCGUCGGGGGCAUAGACUCUACAAGGUGUCAAAAGUGUUCCCCAGGGAUACUGGCCCAUGUUGACUCCAAUGUUUUCCACAGUUGUUUCAAGUUGGCUGGAUGUCCUUUGGGUGGUGGACCAUUCUUGAAAACACACAGGAAACUUGAGUGUGAAAAACCCAGCAGUGUUGCAGUUCUUGACACAAACCGGUGUGCCUUGAAUCUAUAACCAUACCCCGUUCAAAGGCAUUUAAAUAUUUUGUCCUGCCCAUUCACUCUCUGAAUGGCACAUCCAUAUCUCAAUUAUCUCAAUGCUUAAAAAAUCCUUCUCUAACCUGUCUCCUCCCCUUCAUCUACACUGAUUGAAGUGGAUUUAACAAGUGACAUCAAUAAGGGAUCAUAGCUUUCACCUGGAUUCACCUGGUCAAUCUAUGUCAUGGAAAGAGCAGGUGUUCUUAAUGUUUUCUAUACUCGGUGUAAAGCAUGCACAGAGAUGAUGAUUUAAAGUGUUUAGGUAGACCUAUUUCUGUAAAUAAAACAGUCAGCUUUAGAGGCCCGGGUGGUGUAAAGUAGCCCUACUUGCAAUAAAAUGUAGUACUUUUAAUAAAAGAUUAUUGAAUUGAAUUAAAUUGGAUUCAAUUCAAGCCUGCUUUCCCCUACUAUGUCUUUCAUUGAAACUCCCCAUCAUACAGUAGGUGAACGAACAUACAGUAUAUCAUGCCCCUUUCAAUGGUAGAAUAAAAUAAAUAGGGUCUGUGGCCAGGCUGUCAGGGAAAACUACUGGCCCUCAUAUCAUAGUUAGGUUCAGAAGUUUGAUGAUCUGUUGAGCCUAAUCACUGGCGAUGAUGAUUCUUUGUUGAAACGUUCCAUCCUGUGUGACGAAUGUCUUGUGACACAAUACGCAUAUUUCAGCUGUUUUUCCACAGCUAGGUCGCCUUAGAAAUGUUCCAUUAGUCGAUGUCAGUUAGGAUUCUAAUGUACUCAUCUUAAAUGUGUUAAUACAUAGUUGUCAAUGAGCAAUAUAGCGCUGUGCACUUUACUCUGGUUAGUAAAGAAAACAUCUGGUUAGUAAAGAAAACAUCUAGUUAGUAAAGAAAACAUCUAGUUAGUAAAGAAAACAUCUAGUUAGUAAAGAAAACAUCUGGUUAGUAAAGAAAACAUCUGGUUAGUAAAGAAAACAUCUGGUUAGUAAAGAAAACAUCUGGUUAGUAAAGAAAACAUCUGGUUAGUAAAGAAAACAUCUGGUUAGUAAAGAAAACAUCUGGUUAGUAAAGAAAACAUCUAGUUAGUAAAGAAAUCAUCUGGUUAGUAAAGAAAACAUCUGGUUAGUAAAGAAAACAUCUGGUUAGUAAAGAAAACAUCUGGUUAGUAAAGAAUCAUAAAUGCAUUCAAAACUCAAGCAUUUCAUAAAAUUUCAUGACACUUUCAUUUGGCAUUUUUCCAUCUGUAUGAUGUGCCAGAGGUUUUUCCAUGAGAAAGCUGUUGAUAAAUCAAAAUCAAAUCAAAUUUAAUUUGUCACAUGCGCCGAAUACAACAGGUGUAGUAAUGCUUACUUACAAGCGCUUAACCAACAGUGCAGUUUUAAGAAAAUAGUUAAGAAAAUAUUUACUAAAUAUUUACUAAAUAAACUAAAGUUAAAAAUAAAAUCUAUAAAAAGUAACACAAUAAAAGAACAAUAAUGAGGUUAUAUGCAGGAGGUACCGGUAUCAAGUCAAUGUGUCUUGCUGUCACUCAUGAGUUAAAGGGAGAAAUUCCCUACCUCAAUCAGCGCUCAGUCAGCCAAAUCCCAGAUUUCACAAUCUUACAGAGAAUUUCCCUACCACAAUCAAACAUGCCACAAUGACUCACUUCCAGAACUCGGCUUUAAAACAGCUCUCUCCCCACAGUGGCAGACAAAGCAGCUCUCUUCUCAUAGCGGCAGAUUCAAACUCGCCACAGACAGAGAAGGAAGAAGAGAAAGAAAGAGAACUCGCAACCGGACUGACAAUAAGAGAAAGAUAUAACAAUACCUGUUACCAGCUAGAUAACACCAUUAGACUUUGUUAGAGGAUUUCUAGUAGGAUCAUCUGUAACUCCAAGAUGAGCAUCAGAAUGUCAGCCAGCCUUGUUGUUGUGCUCCUGGCCCUCCUGACCAUUACUGAUGGGAUGAGUCUGAGAGGCGUUGGGGCUGACCUGCGAUGUCGCUGCAUUGAGACGGAAAGCAGACGAAUUGGUAGACUCAUUAAGAAGGUGGAGAUGUUCCCUCCCAGCUCGCACUGCAGAGACACUGAGAUCAUUGCCACUUUGAGCAAGAGUGGUCAGGAGAUUUGUCUGGAUGUCAGCGCUCCUUGGGUCAAGAGGGUCAUUGAGAAGAUGCUGGCCAACAACAAAUGAAGAGGGGGAAUCAUUCCAUGAAUACUCUGGGAUUCGGAACUGUUACAAGAUACAAACCAAAUAAGUAUUUAUAAGAUUGAUAGGCUGAAUUCUAUCAUGUUCUAUCCAGGUUGAAAUACAAAACUAGAUUUAGAGUGGCAUGAGACUUUUAAAUGAAGAGACAGUCGGUUUCUUAUAUACAACCAAGUACUAUGUACUAAGCUUAUAUUUUAUUUGUAUUCAUAAAGUGUUUUUCUUUCAUUGUUAUAAUCAAAUGAGGAGAUUUACAUGCAUUCCGGUUGUAUUGGAAUGAUUUCGUAUGAAUAACGUCACAUCCUACUUGACCCCCAAACUAAUGUAUUCAUGCAAACCUCAGUAUAUUUAUUUAUUUGUUUAUUUAUUUGCCUAUUUAUUCAUAUUAAACUGUUGGAUCAUGUUGAAACCUCCAAUCUAAUUCAAUUACA